GUUACGCGGCCGGGGGAAAAUGUUGCAGUAGAGGAGAGAGAGAGAGAGAGAGAGGACGGGAGAGAGAGAAAGAGAGAGAGAGACUGCAGCAUCGCCGGAGACCGGAGGCAGCAGCAGCAGUCCCGAGCAGUGCAGGUGAGAGGGGGAAAAAAAGAAGCCAGAGGAGGAGGCGCAUGUGGAGGAGAGAGAGAGAGAAUGCGGGACUCUCGGAAAAAGACGCAUCUCCACUCGGUCCAUCAACGAGACAUCCAUCCCGAACACGGGCUCCGCUGGACUAUGCUAAACUGAUGCCGGGAUCCCCAAUUUAGCCCACCAAGAGAGGCUCAAUUUGAGGAGGGAAUUUUUUUUUUUUUAAAUACGAGAAACUCUUCUCCCUCCUCAUAACUUGCGUAAAGGAAUCCGAGUGCUUGGCACGUUGCUCCACUGCGGGAAAAACAAGAGGGGGAAACGCAGCUGGAUCUUAAAGUGGUGCUGCAUUGCAGUUUUCUAACUGUGAAAAACGCGAGAAAAAGCGGCUGUCCCAAAUGUGACUGGAAUAAAAAAGAAGUUCCAAAUGGCAUUAUAUGAACUGAUAAGAGUCCUCGUGUGACAACGGGAUAGCUCUCCGGUUUAACGGGAAGAAAAGGAGUGAAGAAGAGUGGAGUGGAUUUAUCAAAAGGCUGAAGAAUUAGGGGGUUUUGUAUUUUUACGCAGCAUGAUGGAUUUCCUAAUAUCUUUGCGGUUUAAACAGCCCAGCGAGACAGAAGAAUUAUUAUCAUAGAAGUUGAAAAAAACAUAACCCACCGCUGAGUACAGGAGGAGAAGAAAAGAGAGGAGCCUGCAGCGCUGAAGUGAACUACAGUGAGCGCAGCUAAGCUUUUCCCCGGACCUCAGGCGGCAGUCCGCAGAGAGCGAUAGCGAGAAGGAAAGAAAGAAUAAAUCAAACACCCACGCUGCGAGGUACACCACACCGCAAAACACCAAUAAAGACGAGGCGGCUGGGAGGCAGACGGAGCUGGGAGGAGAGACGCGAGAGAGCAGGAGCCAUGCAGAGGCUUGGUGCAGUGCACUCCUCCGCGGCGCAGGCUCUCAGCCUCGUGGUCUUAGUGCUGCAGCUGCUGACUCAGCUACCGGGUGCCGACUCAGCUCUCCGCUACCGGGUGGCGGAGGAGGGCCCGCCUGACGUCAAGAUUGGCAACGUCGCCGCCGACCUGGGCCUGACAGCGGGCACCGGCAGCGGGGACGUCACCUUCGCCCUGGAGAGCGGCUCCGAGUACUUCAAGAUUGACAACGUGACAGGUGAGCUGACAACAGGCCCGAGACGCAUCGACAGGGAGAAGCUCCCACAGUGCCAGAUGAUCUUUGAUGAGAAUGAGUGCUUCUUGGACUUUGAGGUGUCAGUGAUCGGGCCGCUGCAGAGCUGGGUGGACCUGUUUGAAGGCCGCGUUGUCAUCACAGACAUCAAUGACAACACACCUUCCUUCCCCUCACCUGUGCUGCAGCUCUCAGUGGAGGAGAACCGUCCAAUAGGAACCCUCUACCUGCUCCCCACAGCCACAGACAGGGAUUUUGGGAGGAAUGGCAUCGACAGGUAUGAGCUCAUCCAAGAUGGCGGGACUGGGUCAAGUUCAACAAGGCGCACAGCAGGAGGAAACCCCAUCACUGGACUGGGGGACCGGAGGGGGAGAAGUGGAGAUAGUGGUGUUGGAGCCAGGAGCAGUGUGUUUGAACUGCAAGUGGCAGACAUACCAGACGGUGAAAAGCAACCACAGCUCAUUGUGAAAGGCACAUUAGACCGUGAGCAAAAAGACUCAUAUGAGCUUGUCCUCAGGGUUCGGGACGGAGGGAACCCACCACGUUCCUCCCAAGCUCUGCUUCGAGUUUCCAUCACCGAUGUGAAUGACAACAGCCCACAGUUUGAGAGGUCAACAUAUGAGGCAGAAAUGGCAGAAAACGCUCCCCCAGGAACACCUGUCCUCCAGGUGAGAGCCUCAGACCGCGACAUUGGUGUCAAUGGGCAGGUGGAGUACGUCUUUGGAGCUGCCACUGAAUCUGUCAGACGACUCCUGCGGCUGGAUGAGGCAACUGGGUGGCUGAGCGUUCUCCACAGAAUCGAUAGAGAAGAAGUGGCACAGCUGAGGUUCACAGUAACGGCCAGAGACAGGGGUCAACCUCCCCGCAGCGACAGAACCACAGUGGUUUUGGCUGUCCGGGAUGAAAAUGACAAUGUCCCAGUCGUGGAGAUCCGAAAGAUUGGACGGAUCCCUGUUCGAGAUGGAGCAGCGUUAGUGCCAGAGAACGUCCUGGUGGACACGCCGGUAGCUCUGGUUCAGGUGUCAGACCGAGACCAGGGAGAGAAUGGAGCUGUGACCUGCACAGUUGUAGGAGACGUCCCAUUCACACUGAAGCCAGCUGGUGAAACAGCUCUCCCACCCCUGCCUGCAGAUGAAGCCUUUGAUAGGAACAAGAAAAAGUUCUUCUUGCAUACUUCUGCCUUGCUGGACUAUGAGGCCACAAAAGAAUACAGUGUAACAAUUGUGGCAGUCGACUCUGGCAGCCCCAGUCUGUCCAGUAAUAGCUCCCUGAUGGUGCGAGUGGUAGAUAUCAAUGAUCAUGCCCCAACCUUUGCCCAGAGUGUUGUUGAGGUCCACUUUGCUGAGAACAACUCACCUGGUGAAAGGGUAGUCACUGUUGUAGCUACUGACGCAGACAGUGGCAAGAAUGCAGAAAUCGCAUACUCCCUGGACUCUGCUGCAAAUGGGCCAUUUUACAUAGAUGCAGACAAUGGAGAUAUCCGGGCUACUGGGGUUCUGGACCGUGAGCAGCGAGAGAGAUAUGAACUACGGGUCGUUGCAAAAGACAAGGGCACCCCGUGUCUGCAGGGCUCGGCAACUGUUGUUGUUCAGGUGACUGACCGCAAUGACAAUGCACCAAAGUUUGUUCAGGAAAUCUUUACUUUCUAUGUCAAGGAGAACCUGCUCGCCAACAGCCCAGUUGGCAUGGUCACUGUGACUGAUGCCGACGAAGGUGAGAAUGCAGAACUUAGUCUGUUUGUGGAGAUGGAUGGAGCUGAUGAGAAGAAAACAGGAGAGAAGACGGAGGGAGAAGAUGGUGAGAAAGAGCGAGAAGAGGUAUUCUCCAUUGAGAACAACACUGGAACUAUCUUCUCUUCGGCGUCGUUCGACCGCGAAAAGCUUUCCACCUACACCUUCCGUGUCCGGGCUGUGGAUGGAGGAGAACCCCGCAAAACUGCCACUGCAACGGUGUCCCUUUUUGUGACAGAUGAAAACGACAACGCCCCCUCAAUUACGUCUCCAGCCAACGAGUCCUACACCCUCCUGCCGCCUGCCAGCAGCGCCCGCACCAUUGUCAGGACUGUAACAGCCAUAGACUCAGACUCAGGCCCCAAUGCAGACCUUCGCUAUGCUCUAGUUGGGGGAAAUCCUUUCAGACUGUUUGAGAUUGGCCACACCAAUGGAGUGAUCACCCUGGCAGAGCCUCUGGAGCGGCGCCACAGAGGUCUGCAUCGCCUGGUGGUCCGAGUCAAUGACAGUGGCAUCCCUUCCCUCUGUGCCACUGCGCUGGUUCACGUCUUCAUUAAUGAGAGCUUGGCUAAUGCCACACUUGUGGAUGCACAGGUGGCCCGAAGCCUGAUGGCUCCACUGUCACUGGACAUUGCAGGGGAUCCAGACAGUGAACGUGCCUUAGGGAAGCAGCGUCUCAGUGUUGCUAUCGGUGUCCUGGCAGGAGCCGCAGCGGUGAUUCUAGUUAUUCUCCUUGUAGUCACAGCUCGACAGUGUGGCGCUCAGGGUAAGAAUGGCUAUGAGGCCGGCAAGAAGGAGCCAGAGGAAGACUUCUUCAGUCCUUCAGGAGCUCAACCACAGGCCGGCCGUGGUGGAGGAUCAGACCGUGGACGGAAACCUCGACGGGACAAGCGCAAUGGAAGUGGCGGCAGUGCAGUUGGAGGAGGAGGGAAGUCAGACAGAUCGCUCUACAGCGGUAUUGUCACAGUCAACGGGCUGCGUCGCCAUGCCAAUGAUGAUGAUGAGGAGGAUCUGAGCAGUGCUAGUGAGCGCCUAGCAGCCCGUUACUGUGCCAUGGACGGCGACCCUGGCAGCCCACGGAUGGGCGGCGGCAGGCGGCACCAAUCGAGCCCAGAUCUGGCCAGGCACUACAAAUCCAGCUCCCCUCUCCCUGCCGUGAACCUACAGCCCCAUUCCCCCCCAGCAGAAGGAAAGAAACAUCAGGCGGUCCAGGAGCUGCCUCCCUCCAACACCUUUGUGGGCAGUGGUGGAUGUGUGGGGAGUGCCGGUUCCAGCAGCAGCAGUAGUGGGGGCAGUGGCAAUGCAGAUGCCAUGUCCCUGGGAUCUGACCAGUGCUCAGAGUAUGGCUGCCAGACUGGGAACAAGUACAACAAACAGGGGACCCUCCGCCGGGUGACCUUCUCCGUGGUGAGCCAGGCCCAGGACGGUGGUUGCUAUGACAGCGGCCUGGAGGACUCGGAGACGCCGAGCAGCAAGAGUUCAUCAGGGCCACGGCUGGGAGCUCUGCCGCUUCCCGAGGAAGGCUACGAGCGAACCACUCCAGAGGGCAGCGUUGGGGAAGAGGAGCAUGUGGAGAAUGAUGCCAGACAGCUGCCAGAUGUAGCUCUGACAGGGAAGUGUACCAGAGAGUGUGAUGAGUUUGGCCACUCUGACACUUGUUGGAUGCCUGUCCGCCCUUCGCCUCGGCUGCGUCAGCGCCACGGCAGCGACCCCCCACGACUCUCCACCUUCGCCCCGGGAGAUGACAACAACAAUCUCCGUGGUAACGACCAUGAGAGUGACAGCGAGAGCGCCGGCAGCGCGGGGAGCUCGGAGCCCGGAGUGGUCGUCAGCGGAGAAGGUCAGCGAUUACCGUUAGCCAACGGGGAUCCUCUCGGCACCCUGGGCAGCGGAGAUCGCAACAGGAACAUGGGUGAUCACAACCGCAACCUUCUAAACCGCAAGAUGACUUCGGCAUCCUAUGACACGUUCAGCAGCGCGGGCUUCGGCAGGCGCCAACCAGAGGAGGAAGGAGGAGAAGGCCAGAACCCACCCGAGGUCAUACCACUGACGCGGACAGGAGGGGACUACAAGACCACAUCCUGCCUCACGUUGUCGCGCCGUGAGGUCUACCUGUGACAGGCCUGUAAUGGAGCAGAACCCUCACCAUGCUACUCCCUGUUUGGACAAAGAGGGAGGCUUAAAGACUUUACUGGCAAGUGAUCAUUCUGGAGGGCCUUUUAACCUGUGAAGAUGUGAAAAUGUCAGAAAAGAGAUUUUCCAAAGGCCAUUAUCAAAUUGGAACUUUUGGAUUCUGACUAAUAUUUAUAGGCAUUUAAACUCUAGCAAGCGAUGGAUCAACUCCUUGGAGAGCUCUAACCAGGAGUGCUUUCUAAAAAAAAAAUUUUACUGAAAAGUUACCUACAGGCAAAGAUCCUACUAUAUCUGUCUGGAGAAGGACAACUUCAUCUUCUCUUCUUUUUACUUGAACCCAAUGCAUGUCUGACCCUUUGCCACAGAGGGGUUUGUGUGAAGAAGAGGGAGAGAUUGAAUCAGUGUAAAAUCCUGAUGCUAUAAAUGCCUGGGCGCAUAUAAAACUGAGGCUGCAGCAGUUCAGAAUGGACUCAGCUGGUGAACCAUCUGCUGAAAACACUGCUGAGGUUUCAUCUAAUCAAAAUAGAUAAAAAGAAGUAACGGGUCUUUGAUUGAGUUAUUUGGAUCUAAUUCAAACCAAUCAAACUUUUCUAAUGCCUAAUCAAGUCUAUCGUAACACAAGAGGGGGAUCUUAACCAACCAAACUGCUAAUCCUGGGAGAAUCUUAGGACAUAAACAGAGUUUAAAGUACACACAAGUGUGGUCGCUGUACAGUUCAACAACAGAAAAAACGGUCCUGAUCUGAGAAAUCAGGCGGUGUUCUUUCAAAACACAAAUGAUUCAGAACAAACAGCAACAAUAUGAAAACAGAGACUUUUUUUUUUUUACGUUGAUCAUACGUAACUAUUAAAAAUACAAGGUUCUCAUAGAGUGUCAGUAGUGCCACAGUAUUCUGGCGUGUGACAAUAUGUUUAUUAUUUUUGCCUUUACACCCAGUCUGUAUGUAUAUAUUGUAUGUGUGUAUUUGAUAAAAACGGCGGCGUUAUCUCUUCAUGCUGCUGUCCUCCGUUUCAUAGUAGACUGAGGUGCUGAAUUCAUCCACAGACAGUGUUCAUGUAUGAUAACUGUUCUAUCGCAUACACAUGCACACACACAUGCGUGCAUGCAAGCACUGACACACACACACACACACACACACACACACACAGACCUUCGCAUGUAGACACAAACUCAUACGGUGCAUUUACAGAAUGUGAACAUGCAUAGAGCCACAGUUUGUGACAUGAUUCAGUGGCUGUGUAACAUAAAGUGUAUAAUAACUUGCAUUAACUUUCAUACAGAAACAUCGAGCCAACAUAUACACACACAUGAAAUAUACUGAAACAUAAGUAAACACACAAACACAACACACAGUUCAUGUGCACCAAGUGUGUAUGUGAUUUUUAAUCAUGUUUUUUUUUUUUUAACAUAUUGUCUCAUUGAACUAGCUGUAGCAUUUUGCCUGCUCCCCUCCAGCCAGUAUUUAAACAUGAUAUGUAUUUAAAUAAUUACUCAUCUCUCAGACUGAUGUGUGAGGCUGCAUUAAAGGGAAUUUCAAUAACAUCUUCUGUAAGUAACAAUAGAAAAAUGUGGGAAUAGGAGAUAUUCUGCAUACUGUAAGUAGGACUCAUAGAAAAAACAAAUUUCCGUAAGUUCAAAAAAGGAAAGGAAAAAGAGACUCUGCAUGAAAGAAAGAUAACUUUUUUCUCUUUAUUAAAGUACAUUCUUUUUUGAGUACCACGCCUAUUUGGAUACGUCUGUAAUAAAUGUGUGUGCUUAGGGGGAAAUGGAGAUAAUGAUGACAGCGAGGGAGUUAGCGUCAGUCUGUUACUUCUUUAUCGUGAAGCGAGUUUGGGGUAACCUUGGGCACCUUUUGCUCAGUUUCCACGGCCUGAAGUUGGCACAAAGGGUGCCGGAGGCUAUAAGAAAGAAAAUAAAGAAAGAACAAAAAUGUGUGGUGGAAGCGAGGAGCUUUGCAGCGACCCGUUUCACCGCACAGUACUGACCUGAACACGCCCAUACUGCUGUGCUGAACUGCGCAGAUAACAGACUCCUUCACGUUCGUCCUUCCCAUCAGCCACCGCACGACUUCCGACACACUCUGCUGCAUCGGGUUGAGGAGUGGGUGUGGAUCGAGGCCAACACAUCUUAAUUCCCAUCAUCAGUGUGUGGCUCAGUGGUGUGAUAGGGAUAAUAGGGUUAGGUCGUCCCUGUGGUCUUAAUGAGUUUCCUUUCUCCUCUCUUCUCCUCCCUUGAUCUGCGCUGAGCUCAUUAAUGUCUGGAUAGGCGAACGUAACACGGCUGCAAAUUGCCAGUAAGCGUGUCUCUUAAUUUUUCUGAUUGUUUCGGUCGAGAUGAGGCGGGAAAAAAAAAAACAGAACCAACUCAGGUGUGCAACAGUGUUUAACCUCCUCGCACUGCUGCUGCUUGACUGAAAAAUAACUCAACGUCUGAAAACGGUAGCAGUUGUCAUGAUGCCUACUUACAUUUUACAGAGGUAAUUAGGAUGAGAAAUGCUCUAUGCGUGUAAUUACACUUUGUAGACCUGUAUAUACGUUACAACUCUGUGAACAGCAGCCUUCACCGCUGAACCCACUGAUGUAUCUACUCCCUAAGCCUUCAUUACCCCUAAAUCCAACCACAUGGCUGUUUACUGAGCUCUGGUAUCGACGAACUGUGCCGAGGAUGUAACAACAUAACGUUUGGAAUUUCUCUGUUCAUGGAGACUUUAUGUUGAUUGGUGGAAACAAUCACGAUAUCCUGCAUGUACUGAGAGACAAAAGGACACAUGCUCAUUCUCUGGGAGAAGGAGUUGAGAUAAAUGUGUCUCAGUACCUCGGAUAUCAGAAAGCGAGUUUGGGAAAGAGACUCCUAACGCAGCCCUGCCUCUUCAAAGCGGCAGAUAUUUCUUCAAAACUGCUGUUUUAUGGCAGUUCCAUGAUGGCACCUUUCAAAAACCCUCAAAUCUGGAUUUUAGGUGGAACUUGCUCUACAUGAUUCUGUGUGGGUGUGUCCUUUUUUAUACUGCACGUUUAAACAUGAAUACGUUUCAGUCUACUGCAUAACACAAGAGGGGAGACAGACAGAGAAGAGCAUCGUGUCUGAGAUCUAUCAUCCGCUAAUCGAGACAUUUUUUAAAAAAACAGACACUUCAGUGGACAUCAUGUACCUGUCAUCCCCCCUCGUGCUGUUACUCCUAGCCAUGUACAGAUAAAACUACACUGUAGAAACAGACAACUGAAAACCAUAACAGACAAUGGCAUGCUUAAGGUUCAAAUCUGCACUUGAGAAAAAAAAAUAAGGAAAAAUAACUAUUUUUAUUUUCCUCUUCUUUGUUUUCUUUUCUUAAGGGACUGGCUCUGUUUUUUCGCUGCUCCCUUCCUGUAAUUACUUAAUGAACUAAUUGCAUUUGCUAUGAUGAGGAAGAAGAGGAGCUGUCAACGAAUGGUUUGGUAUGAAGAUGAAUCAUGUAAAAGUUUGACUUUGACAUUAAAAACUUCAAACACU